CCAUGCGUGUUUUUUUUCUCAUAACCAAUUCUAUUUCAUUUUUUUUUCUCUUGCCAAAAUAAUCAAACAAAAAAAUGUUCAACUUGAAUAAAUCAUUAGCAAAAUUGCAAUCAUUUUUAAAAGAAAAUGAUUUACAAAAGAAACAAGUUGAUUCCUCGUUACCGACGAAAACAACUGUCCAAAAGAAGAUUCGUUCCAAUGGAUUCUCGAAUAAACGAACAAAAAAUAAUCCAGCUACUUCGAAUGGAACCGAAGAACGACGUGGUGUUUUGAUGAUUAAAAAUUUUCCACAUGGUUUUUAUGAACAACAAAUGUAUGAAUAUUUUUCACAAUUUGGUGAAGUAACACGAUUGAAAAUUAUGCGAAGCCGAAAGACAGGUAAACCAAAAAAUUAUGGUUUUAUUGAAUUUAGAUUUGAAGAUGUUGCCGAAAUUGCUGCACAAACUAUGGACAAUUAUUUAAUGUUUGAUCGAAUUGUUAAAUGUCGAAUGUUACCAUUGGAAAAAGUUAAUGCGAAUAUUUUCAAAAAUUGGAAUCGACCAUUUGUUAGCAGUGUAGAAAAACAUCGAUUAACACAUAAUCAACCGAAAACCACACGACAAGAACUACGAAUGGUUCAACGACAAUUACGUCGUAUUGGAAAGAUGAACAAUUUAUUAGCAGAAAAUGGUAUUGAAUUCGAAACUGUUAUUAUAAAUCGGCCAACUGAUUUAGAAUUGGCCAUCGAUAAUAACGAUAAAACUGAUGUGGAUAAUGUCCAAACCCAAUCAAUCAAAUCAAAAUCCAAACAUAAAUUAUCACAAUCGUCAACAACGGAUUCGAUGCCCAUCGAAAUGAUUCGAAUGAUACGACCAAAAACUGCAUGUCUUUCAACAUUACUGAAACGUAAACGAUUGAUAAAUGCAAAAUUUAUGAAAAUGAAAGCUGGUUUUAGGGUUUAAUCGAAUGUAAAACAAUUAUUUUUCACAAUUAAAUAUUUGGUUACUUUAUUGA